AUGGCUAACGUUUCGGCGUUAUCGCCUUCGUCAGAGCCUGGAAAAUUCAAAGCCAUUAGUGAUUUAUCCCCUCAAGCGCCUCCUCACCCUACAGAAUGCGUCCAAACGAAAGCGGUCGUGGAAGCCUUGGACAACCAAGGCGUCCCUACUCAGUAUAUAAAGGUACUUCGAGAGUUGUACAGUAACUUCACGACCGGAAUUUCGCCAUUCUACAAGAACAUCAUCAUUGACGUGAAGAGGGGGGUCCGACAGGGUGAUACAAUCUCACCAAAAAUAUUCACAGCCACCGUCGAGAAAGUAAAGGGAAAGUUUGAAUGGGACCACAUGGGAGUGAAGUUUGAUGGUCGGCAGCUACACCACUUGCGCUUUGCUGAUGACAUCGUACUGUUAACACCUAGCAUCAGCCAAGCGGAACGAAUGCUCACCGAAUUCGACGAAACAUGUGGAUGCAUCGGUCUUCAGCUGAAUCUGCAAAAGACGAUGUUCAUGCGCAACGGAUGGGUCUCGGAUGCCCCAACUACGCUCAACGGAACGAACAUGUCUGAAUGCACCAGCUACGUUUAUCUGGGUCGGGAAUUGAACAUGAUGGACGAUCUGAUCCCCGAGCUGGGCAGGAGGAGACGAGCGGAUCGGAAAGCGUACAAAAGCAUCGAGGAUGUAGUGAAGAAGACCAGGAACAUCCGGCUCCGUGCGCACCUCUUCAACACCACCGUGCUUCCUGUUUCUUACUGUGCUUCGGAAACACGGGCAUUUCGCAAGCAGGAAGAAAACGCGGUGAAGUAG